CACACAAACAUCUAAACGUUUUGACUUUUUUUUCACAUUAGAAUAUAUAUUUGUAUUCAACGAAUACUGCAUUGAAUCGUUCCGAAUCUAGUUUUGACAUUGGAACGAUUUAGACAUUCCCAUUGAAAUAGACAUUUCGUGUCAGUCGAUGACAGCUCACAAAGUGACAUUCAUGUGCAGAUGCGAGCAGAAAAAAAAUCACGCGGCUGAUGCAAUCACCGUAGAAAAUUGUGUUUUUAGUUCCUUAUUUCCUUAUUCCCCAAAAUUGCACCGUAGAAAAAUUGUUGAUAGUAUUAUUUAGUUUGCAUUGACAUAUUCCAACGAAUUUUACCAAAAAAAUGUUUACAUUAAAAAAUCUGCGAAUACUUUUCUCGGCGAAUUCAAUUGGACCGCGUCUAAUAAACACAUCGGCCAGUAAAUUGCAAAGUGUUGAAUCAAAAGUUGUUCCGUCAAAAGAGGUGCAUAUUGAAGUGCCAUGGGGUCACAUAGCUGGCAAAUGGUAUGGAUCAGAGAAUGUGCAACCAGUUUUGAUGUUACAUGGCUGGCAGGACAACGUUGGUUCAUUCGAUACACUCAUUCCACUGUUACCAUCGGAUCUCUCUUACUUGGCGUUUGAUUUACCGGGACAUGGACGAUCAUCACAUUUGCCAAAAGGAUGUUACUACCACGGCAUCGAUUUUGUCCCGUUGUUAGAGCACAUUCGUAAAGUCUACAAAUGGGAGCGAUUAUCUCUGGUUGCCCAUUCGAUGGGAUCCAUUCUUUCGUUUGUGUACGCUUCACUAUAUCCGAACAAUGUGAAUUUAGUAUGCGCUUUGGAUACGCUAAAAUUUCAAGAUCUUGAACCAAAAAUUACCGAGAAAAUCUACUCGCAUCAAACUAAAAAACUGAUUAGUCUCAAUGAAGAUUUGGUACGAAAUCCACCAGAAUAUACGUACGAUGCUUUGGUUCAACGAGUUCAUGAUGGAUCGAACAAAUCAGUCGAUUUGGACAAAGCCAAGUAUUUGAUCGAACGUGGUGCCAAAGCCUCAGCAACCAAUCCAAAUAAAUUUUACUUCACCCGAGACAUUCGUGCGAAAUUCAUGCGACACAUGUACACAAAUCAAGCGGUCAGUUUCGAAUAUAUAAAACGUAUAACAGCACCCUAUUUGUUUAUCAGAGGUGAAGAUCGCAUCUUUGCCGAAUCAGAGGCAAACAUAAAUGAAGGGGUUGAGCUGUUCCGCAAGCACAAUGAACGAUUUGAAAUGAUUAGAGUCAAAGGGACACAUCAUUUCCACUUGAACCAACCGGAAAUAAUUUCAGGGCCAAUUAGUGAUUUCCUUAUAAAAUACCACCCAGGAAGAACAACAGAAAGAUGGAGCGGAAAUAAGGAACAAAAAAUUUAGAUCGAUUUCAAUUCCUAUUUUUAAUUUUGUAAAUUCAGGAAAUUUACUUUACUAAGACCAGUAGUUUGACACAGAUUAUUUUCUUUUUAGAUUUAAUUUAUAUAAGGGAUAUUUAUUUAGAAAUAGUACUCGUAAUUUAUAUGCUGACUACUUUGAAUGUGUAUUGGUGUUGUUCCAAAUGUACAAAAUGUGUUGAUUUAUUUAUUAUAAUUUAAUAAAGACGUAAUUUACACACUUUAAUUCGGAGAAUAAA